ACCUAUUUUAAAAUUAGCAGCAGUGCAUGCUAUAAAUAGAUCCCCAUUCUAAGAAAGUAGUUAGUAAAUUGUUAUUAUAUGAGAAAAACAUCUAACAAUCAUGUUGCUAAGACGCUUCGGAUUGAUACUUGUCCUAUUUGUGGCAGUCAAUGGUCAAUUUCCUGAGCAGCCAAUUUGUAAUAUGCGGUGCGGAAACGAUUAUCAACCAGUCUGCGUCAGACAGACCGAUGGAAUUAGUCGAGAAUUCAACAACCCUUGCCAGCUGAGUUUAUACAAUUGCCAAAGUAAUCAAAAGCUGCGGCCCAAUACUGCUUGCAUGAGGGAUAUCGUACAGGAUGCUGUGCGAGAUGCUUUGCGGAGACUUCCGUCUGCUUCUAAUUUCCAGCUCCGGAAUAUUCGAGAAUUCAUAGGUGCCCUAAGGAGGUUGGCACGCAGUCUGUAAUCAAUGACGACUGAUUAGAUUCAAUUUUGUUUAUUAAAAAAAUCGAUUCGAAA